GAGCCCACAGUCAGUGAAAAGAUAUGAAAAAAAAAAAAGUAGCCUCACAGUGUGCGGAGCCUGGGGCACUCCACCCAGCCGGUUUCCACCAGGAAAGACUAAGCGAUCUCCAGGUGCUGGGAAAACAGUUCUCCCCGCAAGGAUGAGCCAGGAAGCCCGAGGGCCUGACCUUCUGGGAAGCUCAGGCUGCCCUGGGAGCCCGGCCCAGCCGCAGCAAUGUUUCUACAGGAACUGCCCUGGUUCUUGGCGCUGGAACAGAAUUGGUGUUGGCUGUGGAAAGCCAUUAGGGCGCCUCCUGCUCCAGUCCCCAGGCACCUGCCUUGGCACCCCCGCCGGGGGGGGGGGCGGAGGGUGGCAGGUGUUUGUCCCUGUUGUCCUGGGAGCAUGACGCUGUGAGGCCCCGGGUAGGCACUGGAAAGACACUGAACUCAGCCAGCUGGUGGCCACGGGGCUUCUGGGAAGAUGCCUGUCUUAGGAAUGGCAGGUACGAGGGAGGAGGGGUUCGAGGCACCUGGGGACCCCCAGAGAGCCUCUCGGUGACAUGGAGUUGCCUGGUGGCCACGCGCCAUCCAGUCGGACUGGGAACUUCUGUUUAGGCGGGCGGCUGGGCCGGUGAGGCUCAGGGGAAAGGUUACCAAGCAGGGCUCACCCUUGGUCUCCAUGUAGUCUUGCUGGUUGCUACGCUGCAGAGGGAGGGAGCUGGGGUCCCUGGGGGCUGAAAGAGAGGGGUGAGAACUCCCAGGGCUUCCACGGGCAGCCAGGGAGCUGCAGAACAGGUGGCAAGGAGCUCACCCAGCUCCCGGUGCCUGUCCUGGGGGCUCACGGCCCCACUUCUCGCUCACCCUCCAUUCCGGGCCGGUCCCCCUUGCGCCCAGAAAACCUGAGGCGCGAAUUCCACCGAGAGACAGAAACCCGGUCCCUUUCAUCUCUCUCCAGAAGCCUGGGACAGAGCAGCUCCGGCAGGGUUGUGGGCCCAGGGCCUCGCGGCUUUGAUCUUGUGUUCUGUCUGCAGCCGCGGCCACGCCGAGGAGAUGCUGGGGUUCCUAGCACCAGGGCGGAGGCCGAGGUGACCUCUCAUGGGCUUCCAGAAAAGGGGGCCCGGCCCCUCGCCCACAGGCCUGUGGGUGGGGCUACUGCUGCUCCUGGGUCCGGGGUCCCGUGCUCGGCCCACCUCUCUCUCAGCUUUGGCCCACCACCCCCACUUGUGCCAGACCAGCCCGGACGCCGACGGCCGCCUCCACCGGGGUUUCUUCUGCCCUCGGCUCUCCGACCCCCCGGAGGAGGCCUACUGCUGCCACCUGCGGGCUGCCGAAGGCUCCUGCUGCACGCGGGCAGAAUUCGAGGCCCUACACCGAGUCAACCUGUCCGCCCUUCCGCCCCCGCCCAUCCUCAGGGGCCCGGGCCCGCUCCUAGCGCUGGGCCUCUACAGCCUGCUGCUGGUGGCCCUAAUGACCACAGACCUGGUGCACUUCUGCCGUGGCCGGAGCCCGCGCCGGGGCCGCCGCGCACCUCCCUCUUGGUCCUCGGCGGCUCGCCCCCUACGGGUCUCCGCGUGA